AUGCGUAACCGGCAAUCGACUUGGCGCGCGCAAACGAUUGAGCAAAAGCGGAAGCCGAGCAAAGGCCCAGCUCGGAAGGAGUUCAAGUGUAGGGUUUGCGGUGCGUCAGGGCAUGCCGGUUACGAGUGUUUUAGAAAGCAAACUGCAUACUGUAAAGUAUGUAAGAAGAAAGGGUACCUAGCGGCGUCAUGUUGGAAAAGCGCUAAGGCAAGCCGUAAAGUCUUCCGCCAGGUGCACUGGUGUGAGGAGCCCGCCGGAAGCUCCGACAACGGUGAGGAGUUGGUAAGUCAGAGCGUGAAUAUGGUGGUAAAGUCGCGCUUAAACCACUGUCGUAGAGCUGGCAAGAAUCCGGUGUGCCGAUCAAGUCCAAGGAGAGCGGUGGUGGUAGGUCGCGCCCUCGCUGGUGGAGAAAGGGCAUGCGGCAGAAUACGGAUGGUGGAAGCCGCUAGCACAAACGUUCGCAGUGAAAAUGAGCAAAACUUGGAUAAGGGAAUGAUAGGUAGGCAUAUGUCUGUUCGGGGCGAAAUAGACCGGUUGGCAGAUGAGCCACCGCGAAUGUUGGAUAUGGAAGUGAAUGGAAUAAGGAUUCCAUUCGAGUUGGAUACCGGCGCAUCCUUAUCCAUUAUUGAUGAAAGAACCUGGCACAAGCUAGGUAGACCGCACUUGCAGAAGCCUGAGAUAGCGGCAACGGCAUUUGGUAACAAGCGGAUUAUGUUUCAAGGCAAAGUCCCAUUGCAAUUUAGGUUCGCCGGUAAAGAAGCGAUAAUAGAUGUGCAUGUCUUUAGGGAGGCAAGUCACUCCUUGUGUGGAAGCGACAUGAUAAGGAAGUUGCAGAUCGACUGUGGACCACACUAUGAUAGGAUUCACAGUGUUGCACAGAUGUCCAAAGUAGCAAUUAAAAAGGAGUUGGUGCGUAUACUGAAUAACAGUGAGAGGUUAUUCCAGGAGGGUUUGGGCAAGUGCACAACUUCACGAGCCGAGCUCAAGUUCAAAAAUUAG